AUGGGAUUCUUUUUACCUCAGCAGGCCCUACCUCACUUGAAAGAGUACAAGUAUCAAUCAGAGGAUAGGUCAUUAUUGACCAAGUAUGUCCUAAAACGAUUCUGGGUCCAAUUUGAAAAGAUCUUCCCUGUGUGGAUGGCCCCAAACAUGGUUACGCUCUCGGGAUUGAUGUUCAUUUUAAUCUCUUUGCUUCUUGUGUUCUAUGUGGAUCCAGAUUUGAAUCAGCAAUCGCCUCGAUGGUGCUACUUGGUCUAUGCUCUGUCCAUUUUCCUGUACCAAACCUUUGAUGCAUGUGAUGGAAUCCACGCAAGAAGAACAGGACAAUCUGGCCCCCUUGGAGAGUUGUUCGACCAUUGUGUUGAUGCGGUUAACACCAGUCUCUCUGUUCUGAUCUUUGCCUCUGUGGCAGGCUUGGGGAAGGGAUGGAUGGUGUACAUGUCUCAAUUUGCUACUCUCAUGAAUUUCUAUUUGUCCACAUGGGAGGAAUUCUAUACUCACAAAUUAUUUUUAAGUGAGUGCUCGGGUCCUGUGGAAGGAAUUAUACUACUGGUUGUUCUUUUCAUUGCUACUGCGUUGCAUGGCCCUAGUUUCUGGAAAUUCGAGGUUUUCAGCGUCGACCUUUCUGCUUUCAACCUAUCUUCGACCUACCCAAUCAAAGCCCUUGAUUUGGCUUUAGCUUUUGGUGCUGUCUUCCUGUACUUUAACAUCCACUCAGCCCGUCGGAAUGUCAUCCAACAUGUUGCCUCUAAGACUGAACAGCAGUCCGCGAUGAGAGGUUUGGUGCCAUUCUUUGCCUACUAUGGCACCGUUUUCGCGAUGCUAAUCGUUCACGAGCAGAUCAGAACAGUGUAUACUGUGCCAAUGAUGCUCACUAUUGGCUCUACCAUGGCAUUCACUGUGGGUCGUAUCAUUAUCGGUCAUUUGACAAAGCAGGAAUUCCCGAUCUUUAAUCUUCCGAUGCUUCUUCCCGCUGUGCAGCUGAUUUUGAUCCCUUUGUUAACACACGUUUAUGGAUAUGAUUAUGAUGGUGUUUUGUGUUCAAUUGUCUAUCUUGGAUUUGGUGUUGCUCUUGGAGUGCAUGCUAUGUUCAUCCUAGAGGUGAUCUACGAGAUUACAACCUAUCUGGACAUUUAUGCACUAAGUAUAAAACACCAGAAAGUCUUUUAG